UCUCCUCAGAAGCUCCGCCGCCUUCUUCCUCUCCAAAACGUUUCAUCUAUCAUUUCUUCUUCAUUCUUUUUCGUUAUUUUUCCUUUCUCCUACACGAUCGUAGAUGGACUUCCAAAAUUACUCAUGGACGGUUUGCUCUAUGGUUGUGCAGGUGUCGUCUCUUUUGCUGUUGUACUUUCGUAUCUCUACGUGCAAGACGGGAAGAAGACAAUUUUAGUGCUCUUAUAUUCUCGAAUGUGAAGCUUCCCUUUCGCAUCGGAUUGACGACUAUUCCAGUCGUAUCUCGUUGGGAAUUCUGUGUCCCUAUGACAACAGGGGUCAAUGAUUCCGACUCAGUGGACUCUACUUUGAUCCAAUCCAUGGGGAGGAAGAGAUGAUCUGAAAGAAAGUUUCAACUCCAGAUCUUCAAGCUAAAGUAGUAGAGUUGUUGCAGUUAAGCAAUUGGAUAGAAAUGGGCUUCAAGGUACGGCUGUUAUUGCUCAUUUAAUACUCCUUUGUUGGGUUUACGUUAGAAUACUAUUCUGAUUUUCUACCUGAUAAAGAACCAUUAGAUUGGAAUACAAGAAUAAAGAUAGCAGCAGGUGUGGCCAAAGGUUUGGAGUAAGGCAAAUCCUCCUGCCAUUUAUAGGGAUUUCAAGUCAUCUAACAGAUUACUGAUGAAGGGUUUGUUCCAAAGCUUUCAGACUUUGGGCUGGCAAAACUUGUCUUACUGGAGACAAGUCGCAGUCUCCACAAGGGUCAUGGGAACUUAUGGUUAUUGUGCUCCUGAGUAUGCUAUGACUGGACAAUUGACGGUGAAAUCUGAUGUCUACAGUUUUGGGGUUGUCUUCCUGAAACUUAUCACUGGACAGCUGAGACUUGGGAGUGUGUUUCAUGAGGAAGAAUUACUUGGAUCAGUCAUGUGGUUGGUGUUUGUUGAAGGGAAAUUGCAGAUGAAGAUUGCUCACAUUCAUGAGAAGAUUAAUAGCUUUACUCAACUGGAACACAUGGAUAAGUGGGAGAAGGAGAAUCAAGGACUACGGUUGCUUGGUGCAUCAAAUGAGCAGGCUAAUGCUGUUUUUCACAAUGCUAGAUAUCUACUUCAGAAUGUUCCUGGUCAGUCUUGGAGGUACAGCUGAUAUCAAUAUCGAAUGAUGUAUUCUGACUUGUGGAAUUGACGAAUCCAUAAAGGAUGAAAGUUUUACAAAUUAGUUUUUGUCAUCUUCUGUUUUGGGAUUUGAAUCUAGAGUUGAAAAAUGUUACAUUAGGUUUUAGACAGUAGAAUCUAGAAUCAUGUCUGUCUUUGUUGUUGUAAACUACUACAGUGGUAAAAAAAUUAUUGUGGGUUAUCUUUUUUGACAAAAAAUUUCUGCAGUAAGAUAUUUUGUUGUGUAUUAUUAACCUUUUAA